AUGGCCUGCCAUUUUGUUUACUAUGCCUCCUUUUCACCUUUACCAUUGAAAGGCUUUGGUGUCAAGAACCGAAAAUUCAGGCCUUGUCAGCUUCAGGUUUCUUCCAUUGGCAACAGUGCUAGAACCUCCUACAACACCCUUGUCUCUGAGGCUGCAAGGCUUUUGGGUCCUCCAGCUAGUUUUGAAGCUUCAAAGCUCAAGGUUGUCUUCAUGGAAGUAGGGCUAAAAGAUUAUUCUGCAAUAAUCCCAAGAACCUACAUCCUUUCCCACUGUGACUUCACAGCUAACUUAACAUUGACCAUCUCUAAUGUCAUCAACCUUGAUCAGUUGAAAGGGUGGUAUAACAAGGAUGACGUGGUUGCUGAGUGGAAGAAAGUGAAGGAGACCAUGUUUCUCAAUGUGCAUUGUUAUGUAAGCGGUCCAAAUCUCUUGCUUGACCUUGCUGCUGAGUUCAGAUACCACAUUUUCUCCAAGGAAUUACCUUUGGUUCUUAAAGCUGUGCUUCAUGGAGAUUCCGUCCUUUUCACUGAUUACCCUGAGCUAUUGGAUGCUUUAGUUUGUGUUUACUUUCAUUCUAGUUUGCCAAAGUACAACCGAAUGGAAUGCUGGGGACCUCUCAAGGAUGCUGCAGAGGGAAAACUGGGAGAUCAAGUUCAAGGUUUGUUAACUGCAGAUAAGGAAAGUUCCUCUCCACCUGCAAAAUGGGAAAGACGUCCAAAAUCCAUCUUUCAAGCUCUAGUUACCUUCCUUCUUUGAUUUGUGGUCAAUGGGCCGG